GGGAGGUCGUGACCUUGGGCGCUGUCACGACAAUCGGCAGAUUGGAUCUUAAGUGACGAGUCGAGACCAGAAGAGAGGCAAUAUGACUUCGGCCAUACCUGAGGCGCCAAUCAAUGCGAAUAAAGUGAUCGUCGAAGCCUAGUGACAGUCCCGACCAGUGAACGUCGGCAGCAGUUACGACCUGGUGUGUGUGAAUGCACAAGGAGUAGCUGUUGAAGAGGCCAGUGAAGACACAACAGAGGUCACGAUCUGGAGCCGCGGCUGAGGAUGGCGGUGGUGAUGGCGGCGACGGAGCGGACCCUGGCGAGUCGCCUGAUGUGUGUAGAGGAGGUUUACGGCCAGCACCUGCGGCGCCUCACCUCCCUCACCUGCUACCACCACCAGAUACUCUUCGGCGGCGUCGCGCCCAUCCUCCACCAGUCCCAAGAGCUGCUGGCCAGGCUGGAGGAUGCCAUAUCCAGGUGGCACCCCGAGGAGUCGUGCCUAGGCCCCUUGUUCACGGCGGAGGUAUGGGAGCAGUACGAGGUGUACCUGGAUCAGUACCACGACGCUGUCAGGGUGCUGCGGGAGAAGCGCUCCACGGACGACGAGUUUGUGGCCCUGUGUAAGCUGAGGCGAGGCGCGGCCAAGCACUCUCUUCCCAGGCUCCUUCAUCUGCCGGUACACGGUCGUGCACACGGCGACUUUAGCCCAUAUGAAGGUGGUGUGAAGAGUGGUGCCUCACACCUGCCGCUCUCACGAUCUUAG